CCCCCCCCCCAUCACUCGCCAUGGCGCUGGCGUUCGCCACCGCCACCGCGGCCUCCGCCUCCGUCUCGGGCCCCAGGCUCUCACCCUUCUCCCUCCCGCCACCCCAUCCGCUGCGCGCGAGCCCUAGCCGCGGCCUCCGCCACGCCGCGACCAGCUCCUUCCCGCGAACGCGCCGGUGCGGGUGCGGCGCCGCGGUGCGCUGCGCGAAGCGCACGGGGAAGCGGCGGUACCCGUCGGAGAAGAAGCGGCUGGACCGGCGCCAUAAGGAGCUACUCCGCCAGGCCGCCCCGGUGGAGGGCAGCGAGGGGCGGGAGUCCGGGUACUGGCGGCUCUCCAAGCUCGCCGUCCCCGCCCGAGACGACCCCGGCAAGGACUUCACCGGCAUCUCCCUGCCGCUUCUCCAGGCCAUCGCCAAAGCCAUCAAGUUCCCGGUUGCUUCUAUGCUCCCUGAUGAGGCCUUCACUGUUAUCCGCAAGUCAUUCGAUGCACGGAAGGUUUUGAAAGAACCUCAGUUCACUUAUACUGUUGAUAUGGAUGUUAAGAAGCUUCUUGAUAUGGAGCCAAGGGCAUGGGAUUUUAUUGCUCGGUUGGAGCCCAAACUUGGAGCUGUAGAAUACAUGCCUAAAGAGAAGUUAGCAUCUGAUUUGGUCAGCAUGCUCAAUGCUAGCAGCAAAGGUUAUGAUAAUGAACUUGGAAUCAAGGAUACUCAUAAUGGUUCGAUCUGUCCUCAAGAUAAGAAGCCAAGAGUGGCAGUUAUAGGAAGUGGACCAUCUGGCUUGUUUGCUUCCCUUGUGCUAGGUGAGCUUGGUGCGGAAGUUACCUUAUUGGAGCGUGGUCAGCCUGUUGAACAAAGAGGGCGUGACAUUGGGGCCCUUGCAGUUAGACGAAUCCUACAAUCAGAGAGCAACUUUUGCUUCGGCGAGGGUGGUGCAGGUACAUGGAGUGAUGGGAAGCUCGUGACCAGGAUAGGAAGAAACACUGAUGGUGUUCAGGCUGUUAUGAAAACAUUUGUUCAGUUUGGAGCCCCUCCAAACAUUUUAGUUGAUGGGAAACCUCACUUGGGUACUGAUAAACUUGUUCCUCUUCUGCGAAACUUCAGGCACCACUUAAGACAAUUGGGUGUUACCAUAAGAUUUAAUGCUAGAGUAGAUGAUCUUAUGGUGGAAGAUGGGCAGGUAAAAGGAAUCAUGGUCUCUGAUGCAGAACUACGGCCAGGUUCUGGCAGCCAGAAACUAUCAUUUGAUGCAGUUGUAUUGGCAGUUGGUCACUCAGCUCGUGACACAUAUAAUAUGCUUCAACAGCAUAACGUAGACAUGAGCCCCAAAAGUUUUUCUGUCGGCUUAAGAAUUGAGCAUCCCCAGGAACUGAUAAACAGUAUCCAAUACUCUGAACUGGCUGCUGAAGUACAGAAAGGACGUGGGCGGAUACCUGUGGCAGAUUACAAAAUUGUGAAAUCUGUUGGCGAAAAAGGUGCAGAGGAGCUUGACAUUGCCGAACAGAGUCGCAGUUGUUACUCGUUUUGCAUGUGCCCCGGUGGACAGGUUGUUCUAACCAGCACGGAUCCAUCAGAAUUGUGCAUCAAUGGCAUGUCAUUCUCACGGCGUGCAUCAAAGUGGGCAAACUCAGCUCUUGUUGUUACUGUAUCAUCUCAUGAUUUCAAACCAUUUCAAUCCCAUGGUCCUCUUGCAGGCGUUGAAUUCCAGAGAGAAUUCGAAAGAAGAGCAGCUGUGAUGGGUGGAGGGAAUUUUGUUGUCCCAGCACAGCGUGUCACAGAUUUUAUCAGCAACAGAUUGUCAGUUACAACUCUCCCACCAUCAAGCUACAGGUUAGGAGUUCGUCCAUCCAAACUUCAUGAGCUAUUCACUCCUUACAUAACUGAAGCUCUACAACAGUCAAUAAUUAUGAUUGACAGAGAGAUGCCAGGCUUCGUUUCUAGUGAAGCCCUACUUCAUGGUGUGGAGACUAGGACGAGCUCUCCCUUGCAAAUUUCACGACAUGGAGAGACAUAUGAAAGCACAUCAUUGCGAGGAUUAUAUCCAAUCGGCGAAGGUGCUGGCUAUGCUGGGGGUAUCUUAAGUGCUGCUGUGGAUGGUAUGUAUUGUGGUUUUGCUUUAGCCAAACAGCUUUCUCUAUUCCAUGGUGAUAUAGAGUCUUUCCUUGGCAAAGCACAAAACCAAACAGGUUUUGUAAAAUAUUGAAUGUUGGUGUCUAGUUUUUUUUAGGCACAACAUUUCAGAAACAGAAAAUCUCACUA